CCCUUGGACCAGGAGUCGUUUGACUGGGAGGAUCCCAAUAAUCCUGGGGUUUUGGAGAAUAUCACAAUUUCCAAGUACUACAGCAAACGGUACAACAUUAUGCUGCGCUACCCAUUUUUGCCCGGGCUGGUUGGCCGCAAGAAUUCUGUGUUCCCCAUCGAGCUGUGCGAGAUUGCUGACAACCAGCGCUACCGCGGCAAGCUCAACGAAAAGCAGACUGCUGACAUGGUGACAUUUGCGUGUCAGCGCCCGAGCAACAACAUGGAUCAGAUUGCUCAAGUCUUGGGCAAACUUGACCUUGGCAACUCGCCAGUGGUUAAGUCGUUUGGCCUCGCAAUGCCCAACGUACUGUCGCGCGUCGAGUCGCGCGUGUUGCCUGCGCCCACGCUCACGUAUGGCGAAGCAUCGCGCCCUCCGCAGGUGACGCCUGUCGGCGGCGCGUGGAACAUGCGCGACAAGUCUGUACUGACCGGCGGCACGCCGCUGAAAUACUGGGGCGUCUUGAUCCUUGCCAACCGCAACAUGGUACCCGUGAAUAUGGUGCAGACCUUUGUUACCACGCUGGUUGACAUCUGCAACCGGACUGGCUACCAGGUACAGGAGGCGCGGCCUGUCAUUAUGUACGGAAACCCAAAUUCCGACAUUGCCGGUGAGAUGAGAAACAUUGUCAAAAGCAUUAAGCUGCCGCCGCAGCAGCUGCCGCAGCUUCUGCUUGUCGUGCUUCCAACCACCAACACGCAAGUGUACCAGACUGUCAAGAACUGUGCCUACACCACGCUUGGCAUCCACACCCAGUGCAUGCAGGCCAAGCACAUGCAGCGCCCCAACCCGCAGUACUGUGCCAACCUGUGCCUCAAGAUCAACGUCAAGAUGGGCGGCACCAACCAGGGCCUGCCUGCGGCUGAUCUACAGAAUAUACUGCACCGCAAGCCGACGCUGUUCAUGGGGUGUGAUGUGACCCAUCCGGCGCCUGGAGAGCAGGCCAAGCCUUCUAUUGCGGCGGUUGUUGGUUCGACAGAUUUCAUGGGCCUGCGCUACGCUGCCACUCUGAUCCAGCUGCCAUCGCGCCAGGAGCUGGUCAAUCUGCUUAGGGAGACUGUCGUCCGCCACUUAAAGCUGUUUUACAAGGGCACGCGCACCAAACCUCAGCACAUUAUUUUUUACCGUGACGGCGUCAGUGAGACACAGUUCAACCAGGUCAGAGACCGCGAGCUUCUUGAAAUCCAGCGUGCCUGCGCAUCCCUUGAGGCCGGCUACACGCCAGAAAUCACCUUUGUAGCUGUGCUGAAGCGGCACAACACGCGCUUCUUCCCGCUGGGCCGCGAUGGUGAUCGUACUGGGAACUGUGCUCCUGGCACUGCUGGCACCUCGCGCCCGACCCACUACUAUGUGCUGCACAAUGGUGCCAGUUUUACGGCCGAUCAGAUCCAGCAGCUCACGUACCACCUGUGCUACACCUACUCCAUCUGCACGCGCUCAGUAUCCAUUGUGCCUCCUGUCUACUAUGCUCACCGUGUUGCCGACCGCGCGCGCUGCCACUUGGUUGACUUUGGCAUUGGUUUUGAGGAGGUCGCGUCCAGUGGCUACUACAGCGCGGCAACCACUCGCGCGGCAGCUCCCGCCGAUCCAAACAUGGUCACCCGCAUCAUCAAAAUUCACGAGAGACUUGCAGACUCGGCAUACUUUAUGUGA